AUGCAUAUUCACUGGUUACAAUGGAGAGGAAUAAGUGAAUUGAAAAAUCUUUUUAAUCAAAUUCAUGAAAAUUUGUUGCAUGGUAGUGGUAUAUGCGUGGUGAAAAAUGUUCCCAUAGAUGAUGACAAUGUAUCCUAUCUCUCGAUUGCUAAAAGUUUCAGUGGUGAACUUCUACGUGAUUCACGCAUGCCAUCUCGUUCUUUGGAAGCAGAUACAGUGAUCUACCGUGUUGAAGAAGACCCUUUGAAUACCGAUGCGUAUGCUCAUUCAGCAACAAAUGCCCAUUUUCCUCUUCAUACUGAUUGUGCACACUUUCUCUAUCCAGCUGAAGUGGUGAUGCUACUCUGUGUUCAGCCGUCGACGAAUGAUGGUGAUGGUAAAACUAUAUUGACUGAUGUAGAUGAUAUUUUAACGAUGUUAACUGAACAACAAAUAUCCGAACUUGCCAUUAGUCGGUUUACCUGGUGGCAAGGAACAAAUAAACAAGUGCGAGUACCAAUUUUGACCAAGAGUGAUGAUGGUCGUUGGCGAAUUCGUUUCAAUCAAGCUACAUUGAUGCGAGAAAUGAAUGCAAGUGAUUUUGCAAAAUCAUCUGUUCUUCAAUCCCUUAUCGAAGUACUAGAAAAAAUUGAACUCAAUCCAAGUAAUUCAAUUAGUUUGACUGCUAAUGACUUGCUAAUUGUACACAAUCAGCGCGUACUUCACGGACGUACAGCAUUUACAUCAAACACUUCGCGACUUCUCAAAAGAAUUCGAGUAAAGGUCAAUGACUUGUGA